CUUCCCUGGCAGCUGAACUCUCUUUGUGACUUAAACCCAGUGCGUCAACACCAAAAGGUCGAAACAAAGCAACAUCCGACAUCGCAACGUUCACUCGCAACGGCUCCUCACCGAUACUAUAAAACGCACCCUUCAGCCCACAGCCGCCACCAUGUCCAAUCCCAACGACCCUCCCCUCGACGAGAUCCAAUGGCGCUCUCCCCCCAUCGUCGCCAACAUGGGCGGCCUGCACUCCAACACGAUCCUCUUCUACUUCGCCGAGUCGCCCUUCUUCGAGCGCACCUCCAACAACGCCGUCAUCAUGAGCCAGGCCAUGAACAACAUGGCCAUGUACCACUUCAUCCAGACCCGCGAGGCCUUCGAGGCCCGCCUCAAGACCAUGUCCGGCCUCGAGUUCAUCGUCGGCGAGGAGCCUGCCGAGAUGGCACCUGGCACCGGCACGGGCGUGUGGAUAAUUCGCAAGCAGACGCGCCGCAAGCUGUACGACGACGAGGAUGAGGUGACGGUUCACGCGUCGUACUUUGUCGUAGGGGAGAACAUUUAUAUGGCGCCUACGCUGGGCGACAUCCUCGCCUCGAGAAUUAUGACCAUCUCCUCAGCCAUCGCAAAGGCUCUCCCCGCCGCCGAAAGUGUCCGAAAGUGGCGCCCAUCUCUCGGGCACGUCUACCAACUGCCCCCUGACCAGCCCUCAACGCGACAAAAAGUACAGGACUCCAAGGAGGCCACCCCUAUACCAGACGAGACAGGCAAGACCGCGCCCGCUGCUCAAAAGAACGACGAACUAUCGCUAGAGAGACUCGCGGAAGAGUCUCUCAUGACCCACAUGAAGUACGGCGGCGAAUACGUCGACGAGAAUCCCAUCACCGGCCGCCCUGGCGAGUUCCAUCUCUCCUCCACAGGCCGCAAGGUCGUGCCUCCGCCGCAACUUGCCAAGGAGGAAGGCAUCGGCCGCAUCAGCGGACCGACGCUCAACACCAAGUUUGAUGACAAGAAGGAUGGCAAGGCCGACAAGACGCCCAAGUCGGCGACGGCGCCGAAGCCCAAGCGGAGAAAGAGCAAGAUGAGCACAAGCACGCCCACAGCGUCUUAGCAAGUUCUAGAGUGUUGAAGAAGAGGGGCCAUGGCGUUAUGUUCUGUAAAAUUAGAUGGAAGUUUUGUAUUUUUACUUUUGAUACCCAAUACACGGCGCUAAAUUGCAACAAAGAGAAUGG